GUAAUAUAAUUGUCAAAUUUUAUUUCAUCUCAAAUGUCAAGCUUGGAUUCCAAUUUCGAAGAAAUACUUAGAAAUUUAGGAUUUGGAAGGUAUCAGCUUAAAAAUUAUAUAUUAAUUUCUGCCAUGAUGUUCUUCCAUCCAUUUCAAAUUCAAUUGAUUCCUUUCGUAUCCAGAGAAAAUCCUUAUCAAACCUGUGGCUUCAAUCCUUCGAACAAUAUGACUAACUUUACUUCAAAUGUGACCUUCAAUUCCUCAAUCAAAAAAAGAGACACACGAAAUACCGAAUUGGAUAUAGUGAACACAGGAAGUGCGGAAUUAGACAAAAUAAAAUCGGAAUUCAUUAAUUUGUUUAAAGCCCACGUUCUAAAGCCGGCACCUAAUGAAACAUCUAAAAGUAAAUCAAAAGUAUUGGAGGGCAUAUUUUCAUUCCUUCAUAAAAAUGUUCCAUUUAAUUCCUCUUGCUACGUGCAAAAAUUUACAAAUCAAAGCCUUCAACCAAAAAUGACAAUUGUUGACGAAUGGAACUUGAGGGAUGAACGAAAAUAUCUCGUACCAUUGGCAUCUUCGAUAUUUAUGUUAGGAGGAAUAGUAGGAUCUUUCGUAUUCGCCCUAAUGUCGGAUAUUCACGGACGGAAGAGGGCAUUUUUGUGUUCUAUUUUACUAUACUCUGUUAGUUCUGUUCUACCAGCCAUUUGGUCACCGCAUUAUAUCGUUUUUUCGAUAUACCGAUUUUUUCAGGGAAUGAGUCAUUCGGGGAAUUUCAUGUGCCAUAUGGUACUAUUGUCAGAACUUUUGCCCAAAGAAAAAAAGUUUCUUUUCACAUUUGUGAGCACAAUUUUUUUUACUCUUGGGCAUAUCCUAUUAGCGAUUAUGGCAUACUAUCUACCAAAUUGGAAAAAUUUGCAGUUAGCCACAGGUAUAAUCAGCGCUUUCUAUGUUCUACUACUAUAUUUUAUAGACGAAUCCGUAUACUGGUUAGUAGCUAAGGGAAAAAUGAAACGGGCUUCUAAAUUGAUAAUUAAAGCCGCUCGAUUUAAUGGUAAGUUGAAAAAUUCAGGUACUAUGUUCAAAUUUAAUAACAUAGUCACUUCUUUGCGAGAGGAAUACCAUCAUAUAACACCUACAAAUAAUACGCAAACUUUCGAUAAAUCUAAGGAUGGAUUACUUAAAAAUGACAACAAAACAGAAUCUGAUUUAGCAACUUUAAGUGUUCCAUUGGUUAAACCGGAAAAUAUAGAAGAAAUGGAGAAUAUUAUAGAAGUGAAAGAAAAAACAACAAUGGAUAAACUUAAAUUACGAUGGCCGCUAAUGAGAAAAAACAUAUUGACUCCUAAAACAAAAGAUAUCGAUAAAAAUUUGGACAUGACAGAACAUUUACGAUUUAGAGAUAUAUUUGUGAAACCCAUUUUAAGAGCUAGAACUUUUAUGGCGGCUCUAAGCACAUUUUUCCUGUAUCAACUCCAUAUGGCUCUAAUAUUUGGGAGUCAUUUAUUGCCUGGUAACCAAUACAUAAAUUUUAGUCUAACUGGUCUAACUGAAAUACCCAUUAAUCUCAUCGGUCUUUAUGCAUUAAAGAUAGGUCGUCGAAAACCACUUAUUCUGUUUAAUACUCUCACCGCUUUAGCUUUGCUCAUUCGAUGGCUAAUUCCAACAUUAAGUGGCAGACCAAUAAAUAAUGCUCUUAACAUAGCAUUGUAUAUGAUUGGACGAAGCUUCAAUGGUGGAGCCUUAGUUAUAACAUUUCUAUACAUCGCUGAAAUAUAUCCUACCGAAAUUAGAAAUUCAGGCUACGGCUUUAACAAUGCAGUUAGCAGAGCUGGAUAUAUGAUAUCGCCUUUCAUAUCAUAUUUGGAAAAAUAUCAUACCGCAUAUUUCCCCUUACUAAUGGUAGUGUUUUGCUUCCUAUCGUCACUAUUCACGGCUUUCUUGCCACCAACAAAAAAUAAAGCAAUGGCUAAAAAUCUGUCGGAUCUUACUAAAAAUAACUAAAUAUUUGUUUUUUUUCUUAAAUAUAUCUUGCUUUUUUUCUCAACCAAUAAUAUUUGUAAAUGAAUUUAAUAUUUUGCUAACUUAUGUUAUACAACUGAUAUAAUUUUACUUAAAACAAUAUAUAAUAUAUAAAAUUAUUCGGUUUAAGUCAAAACACAAAUAAUUAAAUAAAAUUAUCGUGAUGGUAAUAGCUAGCGUUAAAAUACAUUUUUUGAAAAAAAAUAAUUGCAGGUUAUAUUUUUUAUGAUAUAAUGACAAAAAUAACUAAUAACUAUCUAAAAUAUGUUAAAUAUUUAAAUAUAUUUCUCCAUUAUUCAUAUGUUGAUUUUCAAAAUUUUGAAUUACUACUGUUAUAUAUAAUGCUCCUUACAUUAAGCGCUUCUGCGAAUGUUUUGUUUAGUCUAGGGAAACUUAUUUUUGAAGAAAAACUAGAGCGCCUUUUAACCAAUUUUGAAAUUGGAAAAUAAAUAUUAUAUUUUGCUUUUAUUUUUCAGCGCGAAUAAAUAUUAUAUUAUGAAAUUCUUAUCAGUGGAAAUAAAUACUUUACUCUG